UUUCUCAUACACAUACGCCGUUAGCAUAUUAGCUAAGUGCUACUCGGGGUCACAUUUCUGUGUAACACAGGAAGCAGCGCGGAUGUGAUUUUAUGCGUCGCGGGACCCUCUUCCGGUCUCUUUUCCCUUAGCCAGCGGACGAAAAUGACCAAGGGAACCUCCUCCUUCGGUAAGCGCCGGAACAAGACGCACACCCUGUGCCGUCGUUGCGGGUCCAAGGCUUACCACCUGCAGAAGUCCUCCUGUGGCAAGUGUGGCUACCCCGAGAAGCGCAAGAGAAAGUAUAACUGGAGCGCUAAGGCCAAGAGGAGAAACACAACUGGUACCGGCCGUCUGAGACACCUGAAGGUCGUCUACCGCAGGUUCAGGAAUGGUUUCAGGGAAGGAACCACCCCCAAACCCAAACGUGCAGCAGUGGCCGCCUCCAGCUCAUCCUAAAAUACACAUUUUGUUUUGAAUAAAUGUGAUGUUAAAUCGGA